GAAAAAGCUGCAGCUUCCACGAUGUCAAUAGACAGCCAACAUAACGGUGUGAUAGUAAGCUCCUUCGGCAGGAAACAGAGCAGAUCGAGAUGAUACAUCCAAUUUCUUCCAAGCGGAACGUGGCCUGCAAGAUUUGGGACCUGAAGGGCAAUAUCUCCGACCGAUGCGAUGGGUCUUUUUUCAAGAUAGGGAUUGGAUUUCUGCUCCCUUUCGUUCCCAAGGAUGGUUCGUCAUCCGGAUAAUUUUUUUUUCGAUGUUUAUGGUGCUGUUCUUUUCGCGAGCCUCUUUGACAGCUAAAUGGAUCAAAGUAAUUGUCAUGCUGGAACAGGGGCUAGCUCCCGUCAGAAACGGAUUUUCCAGACCUACUACUGGUCACCAAUUCUUCGUGAUCUUGCCAAGAGCUGAGGGGACACUGGUGGCUGGUGUGAUGGGCUCCGCACAGCAUAAUACGAUGCACAGAGUACCCCAUCGAUUUCGUCUCUUACUCUUCGAACAAACACACGACCUAACUAAAGCGUAUCAAUGCUUUGAGGUCCAACUCUACUAGAAAUCACCCCUUGUAGCCAAUAUCCAGGACGAUUAAUCCUACGGGAAGUUGGGGGUGGGGGCAGGCGCUUGCUCCGCAAAGCAGGUACACAACUCACCCUUGCUCCGGUGUAUCCUU